CGAGAGGAGUGACGUGGAUCCCAAAAUGGGCGCCAAGAUGCUCAUUUUAAGUGUGGUUUCAAGCCCAUUGAAUGAGUCCGCAAGCUGAUCGUUCAUUGGUGGUGCGUCGGAUACUCCAGGACCAGAGGUAACGCUCCUUACCACAAUCUCACACACAGCACUUACAGGUGCGCCACGAUUGUCUGUGUGUAUAUGUUGCGUCGUUGCAGACCCCUCCCCGCCCCUCCUUCCCCCGUUUCCCCCUCUCACCCUCAGAGUUUGCGAGGCAGCGCCAUGGCACCCCGACCCGACACUCUGCUGCACGACAGCGGCGCCCAUGCGGCCGCCGGACACGCCAGUGCACUCUUAGAACAACAGUAAGCUGCCAGCCAAGGGUUAUGGUGUGGGCCAAGGGUCAUGGGGUGUGUGUGUGGUGUGCAGGAGUGUGUGCGCGCCUCCGUGUGUGGUAGGGGUGAGCGUGAGCGCGGCGCUAGUACUCAUCUGCGUGGUGCUGGCCCUCUCGUGCUGGCUGUCGAAAAAGUUCCUCAUCAGCGUCAUCAAGGCUAGGUGUGUCUGCUAUAGAGAUGCACACACAAAGGGGGGUCGGGUCGCUUGAUUGAGAGGACUGACGUUCAUUCUCUGUGUGUGGUCGGUGUGUCUGUGUCUGUGUGGUGUGUCAGGAACGCGAUGUUUCGCUGCUUCUACCAGCGUGUGUUGAAGCCGCACUUCUUCAGAAUGGACCCCGAAAAGUGCCACGAACUCGCCAUCAAAUCGGUGUGCCGGCACACACACACACACACACACACACACAACACACAACACACAGCAAGGCAUACACACACAUCUCCCUCCCUGCCUGCCUGCAUCUGCGUGUCUGUGUUUGUCUGUCGGUAGGGCAAGGUGCUGGGCGCGACGUCGUUCACUCGCGGCACUGUGGGGGUGCAGUUCGGCGCGCCGCACCUCAAGGAGCUCGAGCAGACGAUCCAAGGGGUGGUGUUCCCCAACUGCGUGGGCCUGGCUGCCGGCUUCGACAAGAACGCUGACCUCAUCAAACUGAUGCCGCACGUGGGCUUCGGCUUUGAAGAGGUUGGUUCGAUCACUGGCCGUCCGUGUGAGGGCAACCCCAAGCCGCGUGUGUGGCGGCUGCCGCAGAGCGAAUCGCUGCAGAUAUGGUAUACAGGACACACAUGGGGGGCUCACCACAGCAUGCACACAGACGAUAUGUAGGCACAUGUGUUGUCAUGAUGUCUGUCAGGUUUGGCCUGUGCAACGACGGAGCGGAGAAAAUCGCCCAGCGGUGAGCUGCAAGUCUUCACUGAGUGUGUUGGCUUCAACGCACGUGUCCAUGUGUGUCUUUGUGUGUGUGGGUGCAGGUUGCGCGUCAACCACCCGCACCUGCUGCGAUCCAACAUGACCAAAUCCAUGGACAAGGGCGGCAAGAACGGUCGGUACACACCCCACACCCCCACCCUCCCUCCCCUCACGCACACACACAUGCACACAUUCGCGUGUUCAUGUCUGCCUGUCUGUAUACGUGUGGGUGUGUGCGUGUGUUGUGGUCCCUCCCUCAUCCACCAGGCCGUCGUCAGGCCCCCCCGUUUGUGACGGGCAUAUCCAUCGCCAAGACCAACUGCCGCGAGACGGUGGAGGAGCACGUCGGCAUACAGGACUAUGUGCAGGUGACCAACCACAUCCGUCCAUCCAUCCACUGUGGUUGGCAUGUUGACAUAGAUCAUAUGUGUGUGUGUGUGUGUGUGUGCAGGCGUAUCGUGAGUUGCUGGAUGUGGGCCACUACUGGGCCAUCAACGUGUCCUGCCCCAACGUGUAUCAGGACAACGGCAGACAGCCAUUCACAGAGCCGGAACCUCUGGACAAACUGCUCACCGCCCUCAGAGGUACGUCUGUCUGUCUGUCUGCCUGUGUGUGUGUCAGCAGCACACCAUCGAUACACACGUAUGGGUGGUUGGAUGAUAUGACUGUGUGCAGGUGUUCACGAGUUCGACCGGCCCACGUUUGUGAAGAUCGGGCCCGACCUCAGCAGCCAGCAAGUCGACGGCAUCAUCGACGUACCCACACACGCACAUAUGCCAACACAAAGACGCAUGUGUGCUCGCUUUGGUACAGGUGUGUCUGCGUCACGGCGUGACGGGCAUGAUCAUCAGCAACCUCACCAAGAAGCGAGAGGGCAACACACACAUACACGAGGUAAGUGGGUGGGUGAGGGAGACAAACCAAACAAACAACACAACACACACCGUCGGUCGUGCAGGAGGAUCUGCUAGGCGGGAAGCUGCCGUACCUAGGAGGGCUGAGCGGCAAAGUUGUAGAGGUACGCCACGCGCCGCAGACGCCUUCACACAGAAGCCUUCACACAGAAGCAUCCUCACACAUACGCACCCUCUCGCUGUGUUUGUCGGCCCGCCACGACCGAACGAUCUGCUGUUUCAGGAUUUGACGAACCAGCUGAUUCGCUACGUGUACGCCAAAAGCGGGGGCAAGCUGGUCAUCGUCGGGGUGGGCGGCGUCUUCACAGCGGAGGAUGCCUACCGGAAGAUCCGCAACGGCGCGUCGCUGGUGCAGCUCAUCACCGGCAUGAUCUACAGGGUGCGUGUGUGAGUGUGCACAUCAGCAUCACGGCACACCACAUGCCCACACACAUUUCUCUCUCCCUGUUUUGUUGGUUUGUGCAGGGGCCCCAGCUGAUCAGCGACAUAGUAGUUGGCCUGUCCGACCUGCUGGCCAAGGACGGAUUCACACACAUCUCACAGGCCGUCGGGGCUGACGUCAAACAGGUCCGCACACGCACACACACACACACACGCCCCCCACACACAUGUUGGCAUCUCUGUAUGUGGUGUAUGCAGGCUGGCGAGGGUAUCAAGGGUGACAGCCCGGCGCUGCAGGUGGCUCAGCGGCAGCGCAUGGGAUUGGUGGAGAAGGACACGCAGGAAACCGACUCCUUCAUCGUCACCAGCUAG